AGAUUGAUGGGAUCAUUUCUGAUAUUAAUCCCAUCAGAUCCCAUCAAUAUUUUAGGAAGGAUUAAUGAGAUCUUUGAUAUAUAUUAAUCCCAUCAGAUCCCAUUAAUCUUUCCAAAAUUAUAAUAAAUAGUUCGUAUAAACUUAAUUUGAGAUGCAAAAUCAAGUUGUGAUUGAGUACCAAAGCCAAGAUUUGGAAUGUUGAAGAGUUAAAUUACCAUACGCAUGAAACUCAUUGAGACAAAAAGAAAACAAAUGAAAACGAAAGGUGUAAGUAGUAUUGACCAUUGGGGCAGGGUAAUACUAUCAGUAUUAUAUUGGUGAAAAUGGAGGAUGAGCGCGAAGUUCCCCUAUUGAAGAAGGUGUAUUAUGAGGAUUGUCCUGGAUGUAAGAUUGAAAAGCGAAAAGAUACUGAUGAUAGCAUACCCUGGAAAUUACUGGCUAGCAUUUGGAUCAUUGUGCUGUGCAAUGCUCUGCCAAUUUCAUCACUCUUUCCAUUCCUUUACUUCAUGAUUAGAGAUUUCCAUAUAGCUGAGCAAGAGGAAGAUGUGGGAUAUUAUGCAGGUUUUGUUGGAUCUGCUUUCAUGUUUGGACGGGCAUUGACUUCUGUCAUUUGGGGGAAACUUGCUGAUCGAUAUGGUCGGAAGCCUAUUAUCAUUAUAGGAACAAUAGCUGUGGUGAUUUUCAACACUAUGUUUGGUCUGAGUGUAAAUUUUUGGAUGGCAGUUUCAACAAGAUUUCUUUUAGGAAGUUUGUGUGGAUUACUUGGGCCUGCUAAGGCUUAUGUAUCAGAGGUUUGUCGGGAAGAACAUCAGGCUGUAGGCAUGUCCAUGAUUACUACAGCCUGGGGUAUAGGAUUGAUUAUUGGGCCGGCACUUGGAGGUUUACUUUCCCAGCCUGCAGAAAAAUACCCUCAGAUGUUUUCGCCAGAGUCAUUGUUUGGAAGAUUUCCAUACUUUUUGCCCUGCCUUAUCACGUCUGCAUUUGCAGCAGUAAUCACAGUUGGUUCGUUUUGGCUUCCGGAGUCAUUACACAUGCACAAAUCAAAGAAUUUAUCAGGAGAUGAUUCGUAUGAAGCUUUGGAAGCUGCAAGCAACUGCGCAGAUGAGAAGAGCAGUGGGAAAGAAAUUGAAGGACAAGCUGACGUAUCUACGAAAAGCUUAUUCAGAAAUUGGCCUCUGAUGUCCUCUAUUAUUGUGUAUUGUAUUUUCUCACUGCAUGAUAUGGCUUACACUGAGAUAUUCUCAUUAUGGGCAGUAAGCCCAAGAAAACUCGGAGGAUUGAGCUUUUCUUCUGAAGAUGUAGGUGUUGUUCUUUCUAUUACAGGUUUUGGGAUGAUGGUUUUUCAGCUCAUCUUAUAUCCAUACAUGAACAAAUUCUUAGGACCUGUCAUGUUUGCUCGAAUUUGUGGGGCGUUGUCAAUACCUCUGUUACAAAGUUAUCCUUUCCUUGCAUUGUUGUCGGGGCUAAGCCUUAGCAUCUUUUUAAACUCUGCCUCUAUUAUCAAGAAUUGUUUAUCAGUAUGCAUCAUCACCAGCACAUUUAUUCUGCAAAACCGAGCUGUGGAGCAAGAUCAACGUGGAGCUGCUAAUGGCCUUUCUAUGACUGCCAUGUCUAUUUUUAAAGCAAUUGGUCCAGCUUGUGGUGGUGCAUUGCUUUCAUGGUCAGAGAAGCGUCAAGAUGCUUCCUUCCUCCCAGGCACACACAUGGUCUUCUUCCUCCUCAAUGUGGUAGAACUCGUAGGUGUGGUGUUAACGUUCAAACCUCUCCUAGUUGAACGUAAAGACUAAACACCACAAAGUUACAAACUCUGUCUAAGGAGAUAGGAGUAGAAAUGGAGGAGAGUAUGAGAAUUGUUCUCGUGGCCGGCCUGUACGUGCUGCACUCGAGGUCUAUUUUAUGAUGUGGUUUGAACUUAAGCUGUUGUGAUGCAGGGGUGGAUUCAAUAUGCAUAUAGAACAAUAUUGUCGAUCUCGAGCGCUUCAGUGUUGUGCAAGCUCCUCCUCCUCAUGUGCUCUGGAGAUCAGAGCCAUUGUCAUUGCUAUUCUUUCCUUGAUGCUUUAAUAAAAGUAACAGUAGUAUAGAAUUAGUCAAGUCUGCCCAUGAAUUGGCCAAUAUUGAGCUAGAAGUAAUCUGUUACUAAGUUUUAUGUGUUGAUUAUGCUUUCUAUAUUGGCAAAAAAAUAUUUAAAGUUUUAGGUCUGGCUGUGAUUGAGAAGGCUUGGAAAUGCUACUUGAUCAAUGAGUUGUUUGAAUUGUACAUUGUAGCAACUUGUUACAAAUAAAAAGUUGAAAUUCAAGGGGCGAUA